CUGAUUGGUUGUGGAGCCAGAAUUCCAGUCGUAUAUAAAGGGAUCGCUGGCUGAGUCCACGGAGCUGUUGUUGUUUUUCUCCGUCUGCAGCUGCGCAGAACGCCGACAGGACGCGACAUGGGUUCGAGCCUCCUCCUGCUGGCGCUGGCCGGGCUGGCCGCCGCAUUCCCCGCCGACGAUCCCUUGGACGGAGGGAAGCACUGGGUGGUGAUCGUGGCCGGCUCCAACGGCUGGUACAACUACCGGCACCAGGCCGACGCCUGCCAUGCCUACCAGAUCGUGCACCGGAACGGGAUCCCGGACGAGCAGAUCGUGGUGAUGAUGUACGACGACCUGGCCCAGAACGAGGCAAACCCCACCCCCGGAGUAAUCAUCAACCAGCCCAACGGCUCCGACGUGUACGCCGGCGUUCCCAAAGAUUACACUGGAGAUGAAGUGACUCCGGAGAACUUCCUGGCGGUCCUGAAGGGCGACUCCAAAGGUGUCAAGGGGGGUUCUGGAAAAGUUCUGAAGAGCGGCCCCAAAGACCACGUCUUCGUUUACUUCACCGACCACGGCGCUCCCGGGAUUCUGGCCUUCCCCAACGAUGACCUCCACGAGGAAGACCUGCUGGACGCCAUCCAGUUCAUGCACAAGAACAACAAGUACAGACGGAUGGUGUUCUACAUCGAGGCGUGCGAGUCCGGGUCCAUGAUGGAGCAUCUCCCAGCGGACAUCAACGUGUACGCCACCACGGCCGCCAACGACCACGAGUCGUCCUACGCCUGCUACUACGACGAGAAGAGGGACACCUACCUGGGCGACUGGUACAGCGUGAACUGGAUGGAGGAUUCUGAUGCGGAGGACCUGAGCAAAGAGACGCUGCUGAAGCAGUUCAAGAUCGUGAAGAGCCACACCAACACCAGCCACGUGCAGCAGUACGGCAACAAGACCAUGGCCCACAUGAAGGUCAUCGCGUUCCAGGGUAGUCCCAAGACCUACACCCCACCCGCCCCCGAGGGCGGCCUCCGCCCGGUCAGGAACCUGGACCUGACCCCGAGCCCCGACGUCCCCCUCGCCAUCCUCAAGAGGAAGAUGAUGUCGUCCAACGACAUCAGAGUCGCCCGCAACCUGCUGAUGGAGAUCGACAGCCACCUCAAGGUCAGGCAGACGCUGGAGGACAGCAUGCGGCGCAUCGUGGAGAAGGUGACGGGCAGCAAGGUGAAGGCCGCCGAGCUGCUCAACCAGAGAGCCGAGCUGACGCAGCGCGGCUGCUACAAGACGGCAGUCCGGCACUACAAGCAGACCUGCUUCAACUGGCACACCACGCAGUACGAGUACGCCCUGAGACAUCUGUUUGCUCUGCUGAACCUGUGCGAGAGCGGAUACCCUGCAGCCAGCAUCCAGGCAGCCAUGGACUCUGUGUGUCCCUUCAGCCACUGAGAGGAUCUGCAGACCCUCACGGUCCUCCACACAGAACAAGCUGCUCUUUGCUCGCCUUACAAUCACUUCUGGAUGUGGAUCUGCAUGUUAGCUGCAGAUCAGCCGGACUUUGAAGGUUGAUCUAGAAAUACUCAUCCAGCCUGGAUGAGCAGGAAAACCUCUCCUGCAGACAUGACCUAAAUGAAUGAGAAAACACAACAGUAACACUUUUUAAAAUUGUUUUUAUCCGUUUGACGGGGAGUUUGUAUUUUGAUGAGUUGCACUUUCACUGUGAAGAGUUUGUGGAGUUUUGAUUUUAUUGUUUUUAUAAAGAUUAGCCGACAAUCGUGUUGUGACUUUUGCUCUGAGCUCUUACUGAAUUCUUGGCUUUAAUGAAAAAAGGAUCUAGCACUAAACAAUGAAUGUGUUUCUGAGUCUGCUGUGAUGCAGAAAUCUGCAAAUAAAUUCUGACAAACCAAA